UCUUCUCUGGCCAACCGCCGUUGAACUCACUGGGAAACCGGCACCAGCGACACCAGUGGCGGCGGCGGCAGCGGCUGUUGUUCUUGGAAUGAGACAAGAGAACGAGUUGGAUCUCCUUGUACAAGCGAGACUGUUCCCACUGAGAGCAACCGCUCUGGUACUGAAUCUCACCAGCGGAAGCCUUUGUGGUACAAUCAUCGUUUCCUUGCUAUGUGUUCUGAUGGAAAGAGACAGAAAGCGGUGAUGGAACCUUUUUGUUGUCGUUGUCGUUUUUGUGGUUUUUG